AACCCAACCGCGCUUUCUUCUCACCUGGAAAGGGAAGGGGAGCGCCGAGUCGAGAAGGCAAAUCGUAUUCGCCAUGGGCAUGGCUGCUCCGCGCGCACCGCUACCUCUUCCCCAGUUGCUGCUCCUCGUCGUCGCCGCGCUCCUCGCCGCCGCUCCCCUCCUUCAUAGGGCGGCCGGGGCGGAGGACUUCGACGUCCGGCGCCACCUCUCCACCGUCACCAGGUAUGAUGUGGCCAGAGAGUCCAGGGGUGUCAUCUCCAUGCCGUCAAUCCCAGACGGGUGCCGUGUCGUUCACCUCAAUCUAGUGGCAAGACAUGGGACUCGUGCUCCUACCAAGAAGCGAAUCAAGGAGCUGGAUAGAUUGGCAGUUCGACUGGAAGCCCUUAUGAAAGAGGCAAACCAUGGCCUUGAUAGUGAUUCUCUGAAGAAAAUUCCAUCCUGGAUUAAAGGCUGGGAAUCACGUUGGAAGGGUAGGACUAAAGGUGGUGAGCUGAUUAGUGAAGGGGAAGAGGAGCUGUACAAUUUAGCUACAAGAGUGAGGGAGAGGUUUCAAGAUCUACUUGACGACGAAUAUCACCCUGAUGUAUAUUCAAUAAGAGCAACUCAGGUUCCUCGAGCAUCAGCUAGUGCCGUGGCAUUUGGUUUGGGACUACUUUCUGGGAAAGGAAAGCUUGGACAAGGGAAGAACCGUGCCUUUUCUGUUCUGAGUGAGAGUCGUGCAAGUGAUAUUUGUCUGAGAUUCUUUGACAGCUGUGAGACAUACAAGGCAUAUAGGAAAAGGAAGGAGCCUGAUGUAGAGAAGCAAAAGGAACCAAUUCUAGAGCAUGUCACAGCUGCUCUUGCCAAUCGUUAUCACCUAAAAUUUACAACUCAGGAUGUUUCUUCCCUCUGGUUUCUUUGUAAGCAGGAAGCAUCUUUGUUGAAUAUAACCAAUCAAGCUUGUGGGCUUUUCAAUGAAGCCGAGGUUCGUUUUCUAGAGUGGACAGAUGAUUUGGAGGGUUUUGUCCUAAAAGGCUAUGGUGAGUCAAUUAACUACAGGAUGGGACUGCCAUUGCUCAAGGAUGUUGUCCAGUCAAUGGAAGAAGCAAUAAUAGCUAGAGAAGAAAACCACCCUGAUGGUACGUAUGAAAAGGCAAGGCUUCGAUUUGCACAUGCAGAAACUGUUGUUCCUUUUAGCUGUCUUCUCGGUCUUUUUCUUGAAGGUCCAGACUUUGAGAAGAUACAGAGGGAGGAAGCGUUGGACCUACCCCCUUUGCCGCCACAGGGAAGAAACUGGAAGGGCAGUGUUGUUGCGCCUUUUGCUGGUAACAACAUGCUGGCUUUAUACCAAUGCCCAAGCAAAAUUUCGGAUGGCAGCGCAACCUCUGGAGGCCAAAGUAACUCAUACUUCAUUCAAGUUCUACACAACGAAGCCCCAAUUUCAAUGCCUGGGUGCGGCAACAAAGAUUUCUGUCCAUUCGAGGAGUUCAAGGAGAAGAUUGUGAAACCGCACCUGAAGCACGACUACAACAUGAUAUGCAAGAUCAAAUCCCCGGCGGCAAGCGAGGAGCCCGCCUCGUUCCCCUCCAGAGUGUCCAGUUUCUUCGUAGGACUCUUCUCGCAGAGAGGGUACCACGCCGUGGGCGCUGAAGGCGUCAAGACCGAGCUGUAGGUCACACUAGCAUAGGUGCAUAGCAACCAUCUGCCACGGUGCCGCCUCUCACCGUCUGCGAGCAGCGAGCACGAGCAAGGAACCAGACUAACCGAUGCACUGACCUGCGGUGUAUUUGUAGUUCUGUACGGGACGAGGAGGCGCCAGUUCAAUUUCUCCAGGGCCAGACGCCUCAUAAAUUCUGUUUCACUUCGAACUCCCUUCCGCGCAGAAAGAAAUGCAUGCCGUCGAGGCACGCGUGGCUUUUGCCGUUGUGGUCAUGUCACUGUAGUUUUAAUGACAGCUGUGGACUCUACUGUGCCAUUUACUAUAGUACUCUGCUACAAGGCUUUGUUUAAUUCUAAUUUUUUUAUAAAACAGACGCCAUAAUAUUUU